AUGGCAACACCACACAGAGGCAGUGAUGCAGCCAGGAUUGGAAAACUUGUACAAAAAGCAGCUCAGUACACGUGGAGGAAGCCAAACAUAGACUUUUUGAACAUCCUUGAGCGCAACUCACCGUCGCUUUUCAAGCAGUUGAAGAAUUUUACCACCAUAUCCCCGCAGAUGUCCCGGUUCUGUCUGUACGAGACCAUCCCUUCGUCUAUCGGCCUAAUCGUCCCUCUGGACUCGGCCGUCUUCGAUGGUUUUGGUGUUGAGAGCAGCCACAUUCCGGGGGAUCAUUUGGGGAUGUGCAAAUUCGAGAAUCGUAAUUCCGGGGGCUACAAGAGAGUGCUGAGAUACAUCAGGCGGAUGGUGAAUGACGCCUCCAACGCCUCACGAUUGACUCGAGAGCGUCCUGCAAAGAUCGCUCGUCGUGGUUCACCAAUGGCUGGCCGAUCCGAAAACAAGCACCUUCUUGAAGACAAUGGUCCAGGUACUGUAUAG